AGUCUUGCCAGUGCUGGCUGAGAUGCAGCAUCCCUGAGCAAGGCGGCCACACUCAGCCAAGGCAUGAAACCGCCGGGACUGGGAGAGAGAUCACAACUAGGGCCACUGGGUUCCUGCAGCACUGUUCAGUGAAGCUGGAGAGAGGGGAGCGGAAGAGAGGCGGACAAGGAGUAGGGGGACGAGGGGAGAAUAGAUCAUUUUGCUCCAGAGCUUGUGCAUCUUCUCACCGGGGGUUUUGAUCAGCCCCUCCUGCGCCGUGGGGGUGCGGUGGGGCUGCAGACUGAGCAGGAAGCUGUCGUUUCUGAUUGCACGAAGGAACUUUGGUUGGACAACACUGAACAGGGCUCCAGCUGGCAUCUUCCUUAGGCUUCCCGACCCUUCCUCCUCCACGCGCUUCGUCCAACGGGUGAGGCAGAAUGGCCCGAGACUGUGAGCAUUUUGGAAGCUCUAAGGGGGCUGCGUAAGACAAGGAGUUGCUGCCUGGAAAGGAGACAAGUGUCCAGAGAAACAUCCUCAAAUGUUACUGAUCACAAGUGACCCGAGAGAAAUGGAACCUGGCUGUUAAACGCGAGCCAUGAAGAAAAUGAUCUGUGCAGGGCAUACGGCUAAAAGGAACAAGGUGGCCCGUGUGCAGCACAGCUGAAGGAAUGCAGCUCAUCCCACCACGUGGACCAGCCCCUGGGAUCAGCGCGGAUUGAAAAUCAGAGCUGGGCGCAGCGUGCAGAGGGACGGGAAGCCAGCUGACUAGCAGCCACACUUUCAACACUCCAGACAGCCCUUCGGCUCUCCCUGCUGCUUGCCCGCCCCUGACUCGGCAGCUCCCCACCUCCUUACUAAAGGACACUUGUUAACACUCAGGGGACCCCCCUCCCCAGCGGGAGGUCUCGGCUAAGCCACAUCCACUGCCACCGUCCACCCAGAUUCACUCCCUGCUCUCUUUUGCCCCCUGGCGAAGACUUUGCAAAUGAAAGGGGCUGUACUGGGGAUUGCUGCCUGUGGGAGGAUCAGUGUAAGGGGACGGGGUGGGGAACGGUGGUGCUGGCCUCCCGGAACAUGGAUCGAUUCACCAGCGGAUUCCCACCUCUUAGGAACAUGGUCGUGUGGUGCUUCGUCCUGCUCCGAUCAGUGUCUGUCCAGGACCGGACUCACACGCACGCCGAGGAGCGCCUCUUCAAGUACCUGUUCACCAGCUACAACAGGUGGUCCCGGCCAGUGCCCAACAUCUCUGACGUCGUGAUCGUCAGAUUCGGGCUGUCCAUCGCUCAGCUGAUCGACGUGGAUGAGAAGAACCAAAUGAUGACCACAAACGUCUGGCUGAAACAGGAGUGGAGUGACUACAAGCUGCGCUGGAACCCGGCGGACUUUGAUAACGUCACCUCCAUCCGGGUGCCCUCUGAGAUGAUCUGGAUCCCGGACAUUGUGCUGUAUAACAACGCCGACGGGGAGUUCGCAGUGACACACAUGACCAAAGCCCACCUCUUCUCCAACGGCAAGGUGAAGUGGGUGCCGCCAGCCAUCUACAAGAGCUCGUGCAGCAUCGACGUGACCUUCUUCCCCUUCGACCAGCAGAACUGCAAGAUGAAGUUUGGCUCGUGGACGUACGACAAGGCCAAGAUCGACCUGGAGAGCAUGGAACGUGACGUGGACCUGAAAGACUACUGGGAGAGCGGGGAGUGGGCCAUCAUCAACGCCGUGGGCACCUACAACACCAAGAAGUACGACUGCUGCACGGAGAUCUACCCCGACAUCACCUACUGCUUCAUCAUCCGGCGCUUGCCCCUCUUCUACACCAUCAACCUCAUCAUCCCCUGCCUGCUCAUCUCCUGCCUGACCGUGCUGGUCUUCUACCUGCCCUCCGACUGCGGGGAGAAGAUCACCCUCUGCAUCUCCGUGCUGCUCUCCCUCACCGUCUUCCUGCUGCUCAUCACCGAGAUCAUCCCUUCCACCUCGCUGGUCAUCCCCCUGAUCGGCGAGUACCUCCUCUUCACCAUGAUCUUCGUCACCCUCUCCAUCGUCAUCACCGUCUUCGUCCUCAACGUCCACCACCGCUCGCCCAGCACCCACAAGAUGCCCCGCUGGGUGCGCGUCGCUUUCCUGGACUUCAUCCCCCGCUGGCUUUUCAUGAGGCGGCCUCCGGUGCUAACCCCCCAGCAGGGGCUGAUCGGGGAGUACGACCCGCCUGGCGCCAGGCUCAGCACCUCCAGGGGCUGGCUGGAAACGGACGUCGAUGACACAUGGGGGGAGGAGGAGGAGGAGGAGGAAGAGGAGAGGAGGCACCCCGGACACGCGCCCCUCCAGACAGGCUCCCACAAACACAGCGUCCAGUACCGCCCCGGCUGUGACCGCCACCUGGGCACGGGGCCGGGGGCCCAGGCGCAGUGCCCGCCUGCCAAAGGGGACAGCUUGGGGUCAGAUCCCAGCCUGCUGCUGUCCCCCAGGAUCCUGAAGGCCUUGGAGGGGGUGCACUAUAUCGCAGACCACCUGCGGGCUGAGGAUGCUGAUUUCUCGGUGAAGGAAGACUGGAAGUACGUCGCUAUGGUAAUAGACCGGAUAUUCCUCUGGAUGUUUAUCGUCGUCUGUUUGCUGGGGACCAUCGGCCUCUUCCUCCCUCCCUUCCUGGCUGGGAUGGUAUAGGGUCUGUGCCCUGUGCUGAAGGUGGUCCUGCUCCCAGACCUGCGCCCAGGGCUGGGGAAGGGACAAACUAACCCACCCUGACUGCUGGCUCUGUGGAGCCCCUUUGGGCUUGUCCACACUGGAGAAACAUAGUCAAGCCGCGACCCCGUUUGAACUCUCACUCUCCCCGGCUAGUACCAGCGCCGAAGCCACACGUCAGCUGGGCCCAGCAUCCGGUUUGUACCAUCAAGUGAACGGUGCCGGGGGAUCGGGGAGGGGGAACAACAAGAUUUUUUUCUUGAGUCACGGAAACUGCUUCAGACUCAGCGGAUCAGAACGGAACCACAUGGGGUGCUCUGCGUUUGAAAUUAACAUGCCCGUAGCUACCGAGCAAGGCAGCAGGUGCGCCCCGCUGAGAUGGGAACACGUUGCUCACGUUGGGUUGGUGACAAGGUCCAUUUCAUACUGUUCCUCCCAGCCACACACAGUUGCUGAAUCCAAUUUAUCCCCCAGGUGCAAACGUAAGCCACUGGCCGGGGGGUGUGAGAGGUCCCCGUCUGCAGCCUGCGGCUGGGAACCUCUAACUAUGGCAGCUCAUGCUUUUAGCUAGGGAGAUCCCCAGGGGGCAGCCGUGGGACAAGCGUCCCAGGAGUUAAUUCAGCCUAGCCCAGGUGGGAGCAGCCUCACUGCAAAGCCGUGCCUGUGUCCCCGCAUGUGGGACUGGGACUCCUGGGGGCCUGGCCCGUGGCUCUUUGUGCUGCCGUCAGCUGCCCACGGAGCCGGGAAAGAACUUGCGGGAGCUGAGCCUGGAACCUGGGCAUCCCAGUUCCCCCAGUCUAGCCAGCCAACCUGGACGUAAUGUCAAACUAAAGUUCUGCCUGAAGCUGUUCAAAACAGUACCCUGAAGUCCACUAACACAGGAGGGAAGACAAACAUUUCCUGCCUUUUCGGAAGCACCAGAGAAAAAUCAAAGAAAGCGUCUCUGAUUUUUAUCCUUGCAGCGGGCAGGGCCAUUGACUGACCUGCGUCAGGGCUAGUGCACCCGGGGGAAGUAGGACUCAUGUCUAGGCCUCUGCCCGGGGCCCAGUUUCACUGUAGAAGGGACGAUCACUAGGCAGGCAUUAGUGUGGUGACCAAGUGGCAUGAUCCUGGCUUGUGGUGCUGAGGGUCCACGCUUCCAGUCCCAGGGAAGGCCUGGUUGUGGAUGUAUAAACAACAGGCCCUUAAAUUUGGAUGUCUGGGUUUUUUUUUUAAAUAUAUAUAGCUACAUUCUAGCCCAACUGUAAGAUAUGGGCUGGAUGCAGGAAGGACUUGAUUUCCCAGUGUUGCCAGCUAUUGGGGUAUUUGGUGUUCUAUUUAAUCCCCAGCGGCUGGACACAAGAGGCUGUAUGAGACACCCCCAGCUUUCUAUCCAAAACUAAAGGAAAUUGCCAGCCCUCCUAGAGAGCUUGAAAUUGUGAAGCAAGUGCAACCUGAAAGCAGAGAAAAAGACCCCCCCGCCCCGUUUAUUAUCUUUAAAAAAAAUCUCAUGAGUGUUAACGUGAUCUCAGGAUUGGGGGCAGGGAUAUGCUUUUGGAAAGCUUGAGCGUUGGCCAACACUGCCCCUGAGCUCUGCAAGACAUCGACUAGGCGUUCUGUGUUUGGACAGCACCUCACACGAGAAGGUCCUGGGGCUCCUACAGUGAUACACAUAAUAAGUAAUAACGGUCCUGUCAGCCCUCACGAUUCCAUGGCUCUCGAACGUCAAGGUGACCUCCCAGAGAUGUGCGGUAUUAUCUUCCGGGGAGGCUGGACUGUCACCCAUAAACGUGCCCCCGUCCCCCUCAUUCCAACAUGAGUGUUUUGGCCUUCAGUCGACCCAGCCUGGCCACGUACGUCUGAAGCACCCUUACGAGCAGCAGCUUUCCAACACGCCCCUGCUGCUGCGGCCACGUGCGACGGCCCCGGGGGCUGGCCUAGCGAGGAGACGGGACGGAGGCCAUUUUCAGCCGGGACGCUUUGAAUGAAUGGACCAGGACGCAGAACGAUCGGCGAAAUGGAGCCGGGGCACAGGAGCGGACUUGCGAGCUGGGGUGCCUUUUUCAAACACGGGCUUUAGCAUUUAUAGGGGCAGGGCCGUACGGCAGGCAGGAGUCUGUGGCGGGACAUUCGUGUUUCCGGAUAGGAGGAUAAAGGUGUGUGUGCGUGUGUGGAUGCGUCUGAGUGGAUGUGUGUAGAAGGCCAGGGAGAGGGGUAGGUGGGUCUGGGUUUGAAUCUGUUUCACUCAGGUAUAGCUUUGUAAGUAGGGGGGAUGGGUAUAUAGGAGUGCGUGAAUGGCUAUGUAGAGAAGUGUGUGGAUGGGGGGGUGGGGGGGUAUCAAAUAGAAUGUUUUGCGCCCGCGAUGUCACUACAAGAAGCAAACCCCACAGCGGCUGUAACUGGCCUCCCAUUUAGGCCUCGAGAGAUAAACAGAACCGAUUUUGUUAUGGGAGCGUUCUCCGUUUUCAUGAGUCCUCGGACUUGAUGUUCCAGCUGACCUGUCCUCACAGUAUGGUCCGUCUGAGCAAGAGAAACAUCGCAAGAAAACCUGGGAGAUGUCCAGCCCAGGCUGAACCUCGAGCUUCAAAUAACCCUCAUGCUCCAGGGCCUUUGAUGCCUGCCCAUAAAGAAUACCCCUGAGCUUGUGUCUGGCACCCCGAGAGCUUUUGCAGCCACAAGGGGCCAUUUGAGAGGGGGAGGGGGAACAAAAGGGAUCUUGCAAGCCCCACCCCCAGCCAUAUAGAGUCCCUAACUCACACACCACAGAAAAGCAAAGGCACAAUCAAACUUUGUACAUCAUUUAUCUCAACCAGAAUAAACAGCUUCAUGGGAAUUAAUGGCCAC